CGCUACUAUCAUACCCAACUGCAACGGCGCAUUUUUGAAUUUGAGCUCCCAUGAGUACUCCGAUCGCCGACCUUCCCGUGAUUGACUUGACCAAGUUCAUCGGCGCCGCGGACUUGACGGCCGCCGACGUCGUCGACGAAUGCAACAAGGUGGCGGAAUGCCUCCACAAGUAUGGCGUGCUCGUUGUCCGUGACCCGCGCGCGACGGAAGCCGACAACAACCUGUUCUUGGAUUUGAUGGAGCGAUACUUUGAGCACACUGACUUUAUCGAAGACGCGCGGCCCGAGUACAGCUUCCAAGUAGGCGUGACCCCCGAACAGCAAGAAAAGGCGCGCAACCAUUGCACUCGCGCAGAAGGGUUGGCAAAAGAACACCAGCCAGUGACGCUGUGUCCGCCAGAAUUGGACAAGAAGAGUCGCUUCUUCUGGCGUGCGGGUCCUCGUCCUGAGAACUCGCAAUUUACCGAACUCAAUGCCGAACCUGUGGUGCCCAAGGCGUUUCCGGAGUGGGAAGAUGUGAUGAACAUGUGGGGCAACAAGAUGCUCGCGGCCAUCCACGAAAUCGUCCAGAUGGCGGCGCUGGGAUUGGGUCUUGAGAAGGAUGCGUUUUCGAGUCUCAUGACUGUCGCGCCGCAUCUGCUGGCGCCCACGGGCAGCAACUUUAGCAAGUACAACACGCUCAACGACGUCUUGGCUGGCUACCACUACGAUCUGAAUUUGCUGACUAUCCAUGGCAAGUCACGGUUCCCAGGUCUGUACAUUUGGCUGCGCAACGGUGAAAAGGCCCUCGUUCGCGUUCCCGACGGGUGUCUCUUGGUGCAAGUACGUUCAAUUCCAUAUUUUUGUCUACCAACUUGACUCUGAAUCACCCGUUCAUCCCACGACGAUUCUACGUACCAUUAGGCUGGGAAACAGAUCGAAUACCUCACGGGGGGGUACUUGGAGGCCGGAUUCCACGAAGUGGUCGUGUCCAACGAGACGCUGUCCGUGAUCGAAGCGCGGAGAUUGGCCAAUCAGAGUCUCUGGCGCGUAUCGUCGACGCUGUUUUCCCACAUCAAUUCGGACGAUACGCUGCAGCCCGUCGGUCGUUUUGCCACGUCAGACCGAUUGGCCAAGUACCCGCCCAUUCUCACAGGCCACCAAGUGCGUCAAGAGCUGGCGCAUAUUGAACUCGGCACGGGGUUCACCUUGCAUCGGGACUAGUAGGUGAGGGGGGGGCACUGUUACUGUAACAGUUAGAUCUCUACCCUGGUGUUGAUUGAUAUAUAGACAUACUACGUAGUAUAAGACAGACACGACACAAAACCGACAAAAGUUGGUCCCGCCGUGAUUGGAUGACCG